AGAAGUCUCACACUGUUGGAAGCUUUUCAAGAGCAUCUGAACACAACCUGUAUAUCAAAGAAGCUCUUACUAAUAAAGGCUUUCAAGUUAAAUUAGAAGAACCAGACAAGAUGUCAGAUCUGUGUUUAAGCCUGGUCUUGCUGGGAGGAACUGGCACUGGCAAAAGCUCAACAGGAAACACAUUACUGGGACGACAAGCUUUCGUAUUGAGCAAAAGUCCAGCUUCAGUCCCUCAAGAUGUAGUUGCUGAGUUUGGUGAAAUCUGUGGAAUACCCAUCGCUGUUUAUGACACACCAGGGCUUUCUGGUACAGAGAGGAAAGAGGAGCUUCACAAACAUCUGGAAGUUCUCCAGAAAUGUGAAUCAGGGCCCUGUGUUUAUCUGCUGGUUCUCCAGCUUGACAGAUUCACUGAAGACGAGAGAAAAAGUGUGGAGAAGAUUGAAGAGCUGCUGGGAGAAAAACGCUUGCAGAAUGCCUGGAUUCUCUUUACUGGAGGAGACAAACUGGAGGAAGAAAACAAAAGCAUAAAUAAACUUAUCAACGAUACUGAAGCACUGAAGAAACUCAUUCAGAAAUAUGAGGGCAGAUACCACGUGUUCAAUAACAAAUGCACAGAAGAACAUAACCAAAUAAUAGAUCUUACAUGUAGAGUUUAUCAGAGGGAGAAUGAGAAUGUAUUAAAAAAGAGACAACGAAGAAUCCCUAUCAACAGCCAGGUUUUUUCUACCUCCAGCUCUUCCUCCAGACGGAUUGUUCUUCUGGGUAAAUCUGGUGUUGGUAAAAGUGCAGCUGGAAACACAAUCCUGGGACAGAAAGAGUUCACAUCUGUAAUGAGCACAAAUUCAGUAACCAGUGAAUGUUCAGCAGCUCAGGCCACAGUUUCAGGCAGAUCUGUGUCUGUAGUCGACACUCCUGGAUUCUUUGACACAAAGAUGAAUCCUGAAGCGUUAAUGAUGGCGAUCGCUAGAAGUGUGUGGUUGUCCAAAGCUGGACCUCACGCUUUCCUCAUUGUGUUUCCUGUGAACAUGAGAUUCACUGAACAGGAGCAGCAGAUUCCUCAGAUGAUUGAGCAGAUGUUUGGUGAAGAAGUGUUGAAAUACUCCAUCAUUCUCUUUACUCAUGGAGAUCUGCUGGAUGGAAAAAGUAUAGAGGAGCUCAUUAAAGAGAAUAGGGCUUUAAGUCAGCUAGUAGAUCAGUGUGGAGGCAGAUAUCAGCUGUUCAACAACAGAGAUGUGAAUAACAGACAGCAGGUGGAAGAUCUACUGCAGAAGAUUGACUCAAUGAUAGAGCAGAAUGGAGGAGCACACUACAGUAAUGAGAUUUAUGAAGACGCUCAGAGACUCAGACAAGAGGAAGAAGAGAGGAGAUUGAGAGAGGAAGAGGAGAGAAAACGACAAUUGGAGAAACAAAGACAAGAUGAGAUUGACAGAGUGAGGAAGGAGACUGAGGAGAGAGUCAGAGCAGAUGAAGAGAAAAAAAAACAGGAGAAACAAAAACAAGAUGAGAUUGAAAGAGUCAAAGCAGAUGAAGAGAAAAAGAAACAGGAGAAACAAAAACAAGAUGAGAUUGAAAGAGUCAAAGCUGAAAGACAUAAAUCAGCGAGUGAAAGUAAAUUUAGGGAGUUUUUUUGGAAGCAUCGAUAUUAUUUUUUUUGGGCUGCAGUUGGGGCUGCUGUUGGAGGUGUUGUUGGAGGUGUUGUUGGAGGUGUUGUUGGAGGUGUUGUUGGAGGUGUUGUUGGAGGUGUUGUUGGAGGUGUUGUUGGAGGUGUUGUUGGAUGGGCUGGUGUAAGGGCUUAUUACAAGAAGAAAGAGGGUUCUGAUGAUGGGACACGCACUCAGACAGACUGAUAUUGAAGACACUCCAAAUAAAUCAGUCACUUAUUCAGUUAGUUUAUUGGACCACUUCAGUACUCAAGUACACAAGAUGGCCGCUAUGGUUUGAGUGUCUAUGUGCCUACGGGCUUAUGCCUUCACUCGGUAUAAACGGGUCACUAUUAUUAAUCACAGUUUUUUUGCUGUCCUGUAUAUAUGUAUUUUCCAUUAAUUGAUCAGAGCUCAUAUUUGCCUACUUAUCCUUUUUCUCACAAUGGACAAAUCUGAAAUUUUGCUUCGAUCAAUUUGGGGUGCUAUACAGCAAAUAAAAUCUAAAAUUAUCAUGCAUUUCUACACAAAAAUUCAACAAUCUACAAACUGGUUUGAGCAUGAUUCAAAAUUCUUUCCCCUGUCUUUCUGAACUGAAUCUGAAAGAGUGAGUUCAAAUGAGGAUGAUCUGACAAAACAUGUCAAAAGCAAAAUAAAAUGCCUAAAACAAAAAACAAAAGCAAUCUGUAAAAUCUUUGCUUACUUUUUAUAAUUUUUUUUCAGCAUUUUAUUUUCAUUUUUAGCUGCUUAUCUGUUUUAAAACUACAUUCAAGCCCAAGUUUUUGAGUUUCUAGGGAAAAGUUGAUAUUCUUAGUCUACAUUUUCCUGGAUUACAGCAAAUCUCAUUUAAAGAAAUGGCAUCAUGCUGCCACUUUUUUUCCCUAUUGUAAAUCAGCUGGUACAGUUUAUUUAAUUUAAAUGCUUAUGUUGCUAAGAUAAACAUAUACGGCUCCUUGUAAUAUUUUGUUUUUUACUGAGCUUGUAGCCUCUUUAAAAACUUAAUGGCAUAUUGCAGGUCUCAGUCAUUUAAUGGGAUAAGCAAAAUAAUGUGUAAUACUUAAUAAAUGAUUCAUAGUGUGUAGUUAUAAAGCAUUAGCAACUAGUUAAUAAUUUAUUAAAUUUAGCUCAAAUUAGUGGAGCCUGUUCAGCAGUGUGGAGCCACAAAACAGAUUAACAACAAGCUCAUAAUAGACAGUACGUCAUAUAAUACACAAUAAAAAGAGUACAUUCAAACAAAUUGAUAAUCUUAAAAAAGAAAUUUGAUGUUUUUUUAAACAGCGUAGUUUAAAAACAACUAGUGAAGAAGAUUUUUAUUAACUAAACCUACAGUAUAUGAAGACACAUUUAAUUGGGUGAGUGGAGGGCCCUACGUAUCUGCCAUUAUAUAUCUUUGAAAACAGGUGAUAGGUUAAGGCAAAGAGGUCAUAAAAGAGCCUGAGAGAGGACUUGGGGAUGCAUUGAGAACCAUCUGUGUGAGAAAGGCAUGAAAUGUAUACAACACAUGUUGAAACUGUCAUGUAUGUUUGAAAAGACAUAUACUGUAUGGGAGAGAAGAGUCCAGUUUAGAUGUUUGAAACAUAGAUACUAGUCAUGAUUACCAAAUGUCAACUGUAUGUGAAAAAACCGUGAUGAUUAUAUUAGAUCUGUACAUUAUAAGGGCCAACAAGAAGAGGGGUCUUUAAAUAGGGGUCGUAAAGGAGUAGGAGCUGGGAGAGGCCUGUUGAACCAGUAAACAGCUGUGAAAACACAAAGGUGGGAGGUUAAAGGGGAUAGCAAAUUUGAGGGACAUUAGAUAUGUCCUGGGGAGAGACUGAGAUGGGUCUGCUCCAGGCUGUCUCUGCUUUUUUGGGAAAUAUUCCAAUAAAGUAUAUUCUUCUGAUAUUCAUAACCCCAGUCUGAGUUUGAUUCAGUAAGAGGAAAGCCAGAAACCACAUCACUGGACAUUAAACAUUAAAAAAUAUUGUUUAAAAACAGUAAACUUAAAGUGCAAUUUAUGUGAUUAAAUUUUGUUUGACAGUUUAAGUAUCCAGAUCCUGGCAAAUUUUUUUAGUUUUUAAUGCAUGAAAGGCAUUAUUUCACAGAAUAAUGCAGAUUCAUUGAAGCAGAGAGGACACAGUAGUUCCUGGGCAUACUACCCUCUAAUAUCUUUCAGUGUUCAUCAGACAGUCACUUGAAAAAACACCAUUCUUUAUCACAAUUAAAAUGCAUAGGUCAAACCUAGGAGGACACAAGCUCUGGGAAUGUAGUCGAGAGCCAUGUUUCCACUCACGGGCCUAAAGCGAGUGUGCCAAUUCGAGCCAGUGCCAAUCGUGUUUCCACAGUUACUUUUGGGGCCUGAUCGGAUACCUUGGGCUAAAGCAGUCCAGCUGGGGCUUUAGGGCAAAGUGAAAGCAAAGGCAGAGUUUGCACGAGUCUGGUAAAGAUAAGGUCUGCCAGUGACUUUAGGCAGUCACUUGUAGAAGGCCCCCGUUCUGGUCAACAUUAUUGCCAUCACAAGCCGUUCAGUUCCUGUCGGUUCUUCAUUGUCCAAUACCAUAGAACAGUAAGAAUAAAAAUGAAUAAAAGAGAAACUAUGUUAACAAUCUGUUAUUAUGUUAUGAUGUAUUUGUAGGGCAGUGUUUUGUUUUGUUCCCAAGAUGUCACUAUGACACAGUUUUACCAAGGUAUCUUGAAGUUUCUUGUGUUGUAUGAGUCUCUUGGCAUACCGUAGUGUUGAAAAAUGCGUAGUGCACCAUAUUUUCCUCAGAAGGGCACCUAUCAGUGUUGAUAACACAAACUGUCAAAUAAAUGGUUGUGUCACGAUA